CUCCAGCGCAGGGCGGGGUCGUGCAGGCCCCGCCUUACCCGCUUGCGCAGCCCAUUGGUCGGGAGGGCAGUGACUCGCGGGCGGAGCAGGAAGGAAACCGCUCCCGAGCGGCGGCCGCGUCGUCCCGGCCGUGCAUCUGCCGCUCCCACCGCCCUCGGUUGGUCUGCACGUCCCCUACCUGCAGCAUGAGUGGCCUGCGCGUCUACAGCACGUCGGUCACCGGCUCUCGCGAAAUCAAGUCCCAGCAGAAUGAGGUGACCCGCAUCUUGGACGGGAAGCGAAUCCAAUACGAGCUAGUGGACAUCUCCCAGGACAACGCCCUGCGAGAUGAGAUGCGAGCCUUGGCAGGCAAUCCCAAAGCCACCCCACCCCAGAUUGUCAACGGGGACCAGUACUGUGGGGACUAUGAACUCUUCGUGGAGGCUGUGGAACAGAACACGCUGCAGGAGUUCCUGAAGCUGGCCUGAGUCAAGCUGGGCGGUCCCCACCCAACUCUACAGCAGGCCCAGAAAGACCUUGUGACCAACUCCCCAUCAUUCCCAAUCUUAGAGUCCCUCUCUAAAACCCCAGGCCCUUUCUGUGAUCUCCCCCUCUUCCCUUUUCAAAGGCAACAUUCCUUACUCACUGAUACUAGAAAUUGUCUUAAGCAAAGUCCCAAUCCUGGCUGUCCCCAGCCAGGCCUUGGGGCUACCUCCCUGCCUAGCACUGAUUGAUAGGCAUUUCUCUUGGUACCAUCAGCCAGAGCUCUGCCAAAGGCCCCGCAGUCCCCCUCCUGGGAGCAUCUUAGAGACAAUUAAAGGCCCAUUCCACUGGCA